CUUGAUGGAACUUACUAAACUAAGCGAAUUCAAUGAGGGUCAAAAUCACCAAGUGGAAUGCCGUCGCAACCUGGCGAUGGGACAUACCUGACGACGACGUUUGUGGCAUAUGCCAGGUCCACUUCGACGGGACAUGUCCCACGUGCAAAUAUCCGGGCGAUGAUUGCCGACUAUUGUCUGGGAAGUGCGGGCACAACUUCCAUAUGCACUGCAUCCUCGAGUGGAUAAAACAAGACUCGGCCAAGGGCCAAUGUCCCAUGUGUCGGCAGAAAUUUGAAUGGACUGAGCAGACAAACGAGACCUCCAUCGACACUACUCAAGCUGGCGCUGAAGUCUAAGAACGCUUGACCACACCGCGAACGAGCUUUAGCAUAUCAACACCGGACUUAGAAGUUCGACUACCUACCCCCGUACAGUGGGUGACUUCUGCGAGUCUCACCUGUCAAUACUCCCAUGCGUAGAUAGGUGUUGGAACGAG